AUGUUGCUCCAAAAUGUCCUUUUGGCCUUACUUUUCCAAGGUUCCAUUUCUUUGGCAAAUCCUGCAUAUGUGCAUCAAUCCCCAGCUUUUGUGAGCCAAGUUUCAGCGUCCGAUAUUGUCAAUGGAUCCGUACCAAUCGAUACUUCUCCAUUAACCCCAUUUGCAAAACCGAAAAUAUCGUCAAUCAAUGCUACGGCAUGGGAAUAUUGGUAUUUUGACGGAGUAUCAUCAAAUGGCUCUGCCGGCGUGACUCUUGCUUUCUUCCGGGACCCUUCCCUCGUUUAUCUGGGCCAAGGAAUCCUGCGCGUCAGUGUAGAUGCAGUCUGGUCUAAUGGCUCACGUUUCAACACCGUGGCAUUUGCAGAGAACUCCCUUGUGAGAGGUAGUGAUUAUUGGACCGAAGGUUUUUGGACAAGCAACAAUCUCAUUUCCAGCUACGCCAUUUCCAAUGACUUUUCUCAGUCGACUGUUCAACUCGAUGGUCCAGGAUUCCAAGGAACAUAUACUCUAAACUCUUUCACCAAGGCACGUUAUCCGGAUGGCUCAUCUUUUCCUAAUGGAAACGCGUCUGUCACCUUGGCGCCUUUAAUCUAUUGGAACGAAGCGGUCCCUGCUGGCAGGGUGACGGCUAAUUUGGUGCUCAAUGGCAACGCCCUCCAGUUCGAAGGUAUCGGGGGGUUUGACAGGAACUGGGGUCCCUUCAUAUGGGAUUUCAUCGCUGACCACUGGUGGUGGGCUAGAGCUGUUACCGGCCCCUAUUCUUUGGUAUACUGGACUUUUGUUUCGUCCAUUGACAGACAGACGCAUACGUAUGCGUACCUAGAGAAAGCCGGAGAAACCGUCUUCGCGUCAACGAAAGCCAAUGCCUCAUCGUCGGAAGAUUAUAGUAUCUUCAGCCUCAAAUAUAACGGAACUGUUCACGGCCAAUUUGCAGACAACAGUACCGGGUUUGUAAUCGAGCUAGUAAAGCCCUCCAACAAAAGGCGAUACAAGUUCGAUAUCGAUCAUGUUAAUAUUGUCUUUGAGAGCCCCGGUUCCAAUGACGAAUAUUCAAGGUUUGUCAAUACCGCGAAAGGAGGAGAAGCAGGCGAGAAAGUUUUCAAUGGAGUUUCAAAAAGCGAACAGAACAGGAUCCUUCACUCGUUUCCGAUUCCAUAAGUACUUGAAGCAGCUGCGAGUAUUUCCAAUUGGGAUAGCAAUAAUGAAGUGCUUCGUGGGAAAAGCAACAACCAUAUGUAAAUUUUUUGUCCGAUUUGAGAAGUGAUUCAAUCUGAGCUCUUUCGCAUUGAGUUGAAAUAUUCCUCGCAGCAGAGGUUUCUGUGAAGCAGCUUCGAUGAAUUGACGUCGUUGGGUCUUGCCAGGGAUAAAUGCAACCAUAUCUUAUCGCCGGAAGGAUGCUGGUAGGUUAGCCACACUACGUCAUGCAGCCGCUACUGGCCACGGUUGCACCGCCACGUAGCUGUCAUUCCAACUUCAGGAACUUGCGUAACAAUCCCUAGGCAG